CUCUUCUCCCGAGUGACGACUGGUCUAUCCCUCAUCUUAAAUAUCCGUCUGACAGAGGGCGGAGCUCGGUGCGGGGUACAUAAAAUUCCUCGCGGUUGUUUUAACCCAGCACUUCGGCCCAAGCCACAUCGGGUUUCGGGUGAGAGGCCGGUAGUGGACUGCACUACCAGUACUACCACCAUGGACAGGAUGGGCCUCAUGUGGGGAUUUCUUCUACUGACAACAGUACUACUGAUGGGACUCUUUCAGGUCGAAUGCAAACAUAGUAGACGUAAGCGAGGUCCGGACAUUGAGGGGUCAAACAGGUUACUUGUCAGGAACACCCGGGAUGGCAAGGAUGAUGCCGUCAACGAGAUUGAAAAGCUGUCAAACAGAACUACGCCAGUGACGCCCACUAUGGUAUUCCUCAACAUCUUGGAUAACUAUGACCAGCGCUUACGGCCUAACUUUAAGGGUCCCCCUGUGCAGGUGUAUUGCUCGGCGUACAUCAACAGCAUCAGUUCCAUCUCCGAGGAGUCAAUGGACUACACAGUAAUGUUGUUUCUUCGCCAAAGAUGGAACGAUCCAAGAUUCGUGUAUCAAGACUACAACGACAGCAUCACACUGUAUGAAAAGGUCCUGGAUAAGAUAUGGGUGCCAGAUAUCUACUUUGUGAACGAGAAAGGAGCGCCGUUUGAAUCGACUAGUGGACAUAGCACCCUGCUUCGAAUACAUCCCAAUGGAGACGUCCUGUACAGUGCUAAAAAAACUAUCUUGUUAGCUUGCCCGAUGAACUUCCAAUUAUUUCCAAUGGACAACCAAGUAUGCAAGAUCAAAAUGGAAAGUUAUGGCCACACCACCAAAGAUAUAGAAAUCUGGUGGUCCAGAGAAGAUGCUGUUCUCAUUAGCGAGGAGAUACAGAUGCCGGACUAUGAUUUGGUUACUUGGAAGAUAAACAACAACUGUGACAGUCACCACACUACAGGUACAUACUCGUGCAUAGAGGCAAAGUUGUUCCUCAUCAGACACAUUGGAUACUACCUUAUUCAACACUACAUACCCAGCAUCUUGAUCGUGGUGCUAUCGUGGUUAUCCUUCUGGAUCAGUCCUGAAAUCGCGCCCGCCCGGGUGGCACUCGGCAUCACCACCGUGCUCACUUCCACCACGCUCACUGCUGUGUCCCGCAGCGCCAUGCCUAGGUUUUCCUACGUUCGAGCCAUAGAUGUUUGGAUGAUGACCUGUGGCCUUUUUAUCUUCUUCGCAUUGGUUGAAUUUGCAGUGGUUCACUUUAUCUUCAAGCGAGAUAAGAAGUUUGCCAUCUCCCGCAAGGCUAGAGAGAUGUCCAAACGAUUGCCGCGUAAGAAGAAGGCAAUUGACAAGAAAGAUGUUGCCUCGGAGGACGAGGUGGACUUCAAGCCCGACAAAGGCAUGUCAUCACCGGAGCCAGACCAGGACAUGGUCGGCGCGGAGGAGAAAACCCACCGCACGCCUGCCGAGAUCAAGGCCCUCUACAUGCGGAGAGCUCGGCGGAUAGACUACUACUCUAGGCUGAUUUUCCCACUACUUUUCACCGUUUUUAACAUUUUGUACUGGUCUGUUUACCUUUCUAUGUACCAUUGAAGGAUUGAACUAUGUCGCUGCCCAAAAUAAUGUUUUUGGUCAUUGACUCAGCAGCCAUGAAAAUUCAACAGACUGCAGCACCUUCAAAAACCGCAUGAGCUACCAAAUUCCAUAAGCAAUAUCCUUCUGAUUUUCGUUACAUAGCAUGAUCACAAUGAUGGCAUAAAAAAUUGUACACAUCAAUGUAAAUAAAUGAGCAUGUACUCCCAUGUAUAAAAAGUGAACCCCCCACCCGUAUCAGGACCGACCCAGUAUAACACGAACAAUAGACAUUAAUUGUACAGAUGGCAUGCAAAAAACGCAAACACUAAUACAGGUAAUCAUAACAAAGCAAACGCGAACUUCUAACAUGGACAUGGUGAAGAAUGUACAAGCAAUCAACGUCCUUCCGUGGAAAUGGAAAAUUUCCACUUGAUACAUAUCAAUACAAAUGGUGUCAAAAGACGUAAUAUUGUACAGGUAAUAAUUAUGAUAAUAUGAAUGCAUUAUCACUACUUUAAAAAUACAAUGUAUGACAUGGGCAGAAUAUCAUAUCGCCUUAACACGGAGAUGAAGUGAUGUGUGAUACAAACAGAUAUUAUAUGUCGUGAAUGUGAAGUUGUAUUUGUGCCUAUCUACUCCGCACCACCUAUGCACUGAUCAUGAAUAUGAUAAGAAUGUAAUAAUGAACAGGGCAUUUUAUCGUUUCCAAUUACGUAAAUGCAGUAUUAAUGUUACUAAUUUUGAUGUCAUCUAUCGAUUUUGGAAUUCCAUAACGCAUUCCUCUGUGAACC